GCAGGCGUUUUGAAUCCAGCGCGGUCACUAAGGCGGAAUGACAGCAGUUAGAGACUGUUUGUUUUUUUUCCAUUCAUGAAUAAUCGCGUUUAUUUCUAUAAGAGUGUUAUAAGUGGUACUUAACUACAUAUAAUUUCCAUGAGCUACUAAUUAACUGGUUUAAAGGAUUGUCGUGUUUCCGCUUUUAACAAUGCCUACAAGAAGACUAACGGAUGCGGUCAUAACAGCGCUGUGGUGUUACUGCUGUCCAGUCCAGGAGCGGUCAGGUCUCACUAUUCACUGAGGAAGUCAUCAUGUAUAAUAUCCGUGGUACAUCAGAGAUGUCCUCUUGUCCGAUGAGCAGCAGCAGCAUUACAGGUCUCCUGUCUGCACUGUGUGACCGCAGCUUGUCUGGAGUGUCAUGGAAGCGCCGCUCUUUCAGAGGCGUCUCCCGUGCGUCGCUCCACCGCAGCCUCCGUAGACGCGCCUACGCCAUGCUGCUUUCAAAACUUUUCCAGGAAGGUUCAUCCAAACACACGUCGUCAAUGGCAAGUGCUUUAGCCUGCACACCAUCUUACAACAAAAUGCUUAUGAUCUCCUUCGACCUGCGGGUCUCGGGCCGUGCCGAGGACGCAGAGAGGCUGGAGGGCCUUCUUGGGCAGCUGCGUGAAGUGGGCUGCUCUUCCAGUCUGACCGAACUGGACUCUGUGCUGGAGCUUUUGGCACAGCUGGCAGGUUCUGGCCCUCCGCUUGUGUCCUCGUUCAGCAGGGACUGCAUGCGGCGUGAGCGGCCUGUCCUGCGCAGACCUCCGCUGCCUGGUUAUCUCAGCGAGGAGCUGCAGAGGCUGGAGAGCAGGACCUGGGCUUUGGUGUGUGAGGAGGAGUGGGGUGCGUUUGGGGGGGUUUGGAGGACUCUCAGCAUACUGGACGCUCCACCAGGAACCGGACUGUUUGGUUUGGAGAGGAGACUGGAAGGAGAGGAGAGGUUCGAGAGAGACACCAGGCUGUCUCUAUUUGGAGCACUGCAGCACUCGAGGACUGCGGAUUUGGACGUCCGGCUAGACCUGCCACCAGUGCCCAGUAACGCAGAGGUCACUGGACUCAAUAUACGGGUUCCUCAGUGUUUGGAUCAGUCUGAGGAUGAAGGAUUCCAGUCUGCCUCCAAUCUGACUCCCGACUCGCAGUCUGAACAGAGCCCCAGUCCGGAGCCUGACGUGUGGGAGGCCUUGCGCAUGUUCGUACCUGCUAGACGUCGCUGCUGGGAAAACGUGGGCUGUCCUCCAGGUCAGAAAGAGCCUCCCUAUCUGACCGAAGCAGGCAGAGAAGCGUUUGAUCAGUUGUAUCGGCUUUGGGAAGGUGAGAUGAGGAACAUGCUCUCCUCUCACACUCCCUCUCCUCUCCUGCCCCUGCCUCUGGACUGCCAGACUCAGCUAGUUAAAGAUCUCCUCAACGUGCUGAUAGGCGUGGCUUCUGUCACCUUCCCCCUCAAUGAGUCGAGUGUUCAGUUUGAUGUGCGUGCGGAUGUGUGUGUGUCGGGAACGUCCCCGGAGAGUGUGUCGCGCCUGUUAGAGGAGCUGGCGCAGUACGGCACGCAUUACCUUCGCUUGAGCCGCUUCUCUCUGGGCUCUGCUGAUAAGAAAGGCCUGGUGUUUCAGGCGUUUACAGCUGGCCUGCGGCGCUAUCUGCACUACUACAGAGCGUGUGUAUUAAGCACACCCGCCUCUCUCAGCCUCCUCACCAUCGGCUUUCAUUUCCGCAAGCUGGGCCGACAGCUCAGGUACCUCUCAGAGCUGUGCUGUGUGGAUGGUGCUGCUAGAACACGGCAGGCUGUGUUUCCUGUGGGAGUGAAGCUUCUCUCCUACCUGUAUAAUGAAGCACAGAGAAACUGCAGCAAUGAGAACUACCCUGUACUGCUGUCUCUGCUCAAGAGCAGCUGUGAGCCUUACACACGGUUUGUAUCAGACUGGGUGUACAGUGGAGUCUUCCGAGACGUGUAUAAAGAGUUCAUGAUCCAGGUGAACGAGGACUACCUCAGCUACAGAGAUAAGCAUUUCUGGGUGCAGGGCUACACUCUGAUCUCGCAGGAUGCCGAGGACUGCGUGCCCGUGUUCCUCCGUCAUAUCGCCAAUGAUGUUUACGUGUGUGGAAAAACCAUCAACCUGCUGAAAAUCUGCUGCCCACAGCAUUACAUCUGGUCCGAGGUUCCUGUGCCUCGCAUCGCCGUGACGUUCUCACUGAGGGAGGUGGAGGAAAUCGAGAGAGACUGCGCCGUGUACCGUGGCCGCAUGGAGACCAUAGCCAAGCACAGCGCCGUCAGCAGAGAGGAGCAGGCCUUACGUACCGAGCUGGCACGCCAAGAGCUCAUCAAUCAGGUCAGGGAGUCAGCAGCCAAGACGCUGGAGAGCAUCCGAGGCCGUCAAGUGUCACAGCGUCUGGCCGAGGAAGCAAAGAAGAGAGAGCGUUUCGAAGAGCUGAGGCAGCAGCUAGAACUCGACCAAGAGUGGCGCAGUGCUGUUAGAAAGAAGGAGCAGGAAGAUGACUACAGUUUUGCCCGAGAGCUUAGAGACAGAGAACAGAGGCUUCAGGCCCUCGAGGAGCAGCUUGAGCGCAGGGCACGCAUGGACCUGAUAGCGCAGUACAGUCGUCUGUCUGAGGAAGCAGCUAAGAAAGAGCGGAGAGCCAUGUGGAAAGUACAGAGGAUCAGACUGCAUGAAGCCAGAGUGAACUUCCUACAGCAGGAUCAACAAACCAUACAGGCUCUGCUUACGAGAUAUCCUUUAGGACAGGAAUGCCCCAGUCAGGACCCAGCCUUUACUAAGAAAGCCCCUGAGAAUCAACAGGAAUCUCAAGCUCCUGAGAUACAAAUGAAAAAUAUGACAAUAGAGCAGGAGCCCACUGCUCCUUCUGAUUUAACUCUACUUCCUCCUGGCCCUCCUGCAGUUCUUUCCCCUUCCAUCAGGAAUGUUGACACUCUGAUCUCCGAUCAAAUUAACAUUACAGACUUCCUCCCGAAACCUCCACGUCCUGCGGACAGCACAACGGUGACCCAGGCUCUACAGGACAUCGGCUGUGACCUCUCAGAAUUCUCCAGAAACCCCGUUUCAGACUAUGACUUCUCCUCCCCCUACAGCCCUCUGGAAUGCCUUAGGCCCCAGUCACGCUCUGCUCAUCCCUCCCUCUCCCACCAAGUCCCAGAGCCUGGGGCAAAUCAACAUGGCCAACCUUCACAUAAUUCACUUCAUCUGGAGGAUAGUGCUGCCUCAGGGCAUGCAUCACAAGCUAGUCCAAGUGAAUUAGAGCCAGCGGAAGAGACACGAGAGCAAAAUGUGGCCCCAAAUAAAUGUCAGGAGACAAACAAACUGCCUAAAGAGAAGACGUUAUAUCGAGAAGAGAAGGAACCUUCAGCAUGUGGUGUGGAGUUGGAGCCAAAACCACCAAAUGAGAGCAUAGCAGAGAAGGGCAAAGCUAUUGAGCAGCUUACUCAGCCCCUUCGGACAUCAGCUGAGCAAAUUCCAAUAGAUCUCCCUCUGAUCACUGGCAGUAACCCAGACUCUGAUGUCCAAAGCAAAUCUAAGAACAAUGUCUCAGUGGGAGAUGGUGUUUCUUCAUCCAAUACUGCCCAGGACCAUUCUUUUAAUGCUAACAUAAGGACUGAUGGGUUUGUUUCUGAGGUUACUGAACCUGUUCCUGCUCCAAAUAUCCAUAGCCAUGUCUCUGAUGCCCAUAUUAAAGUUGGAGAGCUUGUUUCUGAGGUUACUGUACCUGUUCCCGCUCCAAAUAUCCAUGGCCAUGCUUCUGAUGCCCAUAUUAAAGUUGGAGAACUUGUUUCUGAGGUUACUGUACCUGUUCCCUCUCCAAAUAUCCACGGCCAUGCUUCUGAUGCCCACAUUAAAGUUGGAGAACUUGUUUCUGAGGUUACUGUACUUGUUCCCUCUCCAAAUAUCCACGGCCAUGUCUCUGAUGCCCAUAUUAAAAUAGGAGAACUGGUUUCUGAGGUUCUUACUCCUCUACCUUCACAAAAUAUCCAUGGCCAUGCUUCUGAUGCUCACAUUAAAGUUGGAGAGCUUGUUUCUGAGGUGAUUUCCCCCACUGCCUCUCGUAAUAUCCAUGGUCAUGUCUCUGAUGCUCAUAUAAAGAUUGGUGAGCUUGUAUCUGAGGUACCUACCUUAACCCCUUCCCCUAACGUCCACGGCCACGCCUCUGAUGCUCAUAUAAAGGUGGGUGAGUUUGUCUCGGACGUGGUUCCGUCUCACCCUCGCUGGAGCAAAUAUGGCCACUCCUCAGACAGCACCCUUAAAGUUGGCUGUCUCAUGCCCGAAGCUGAAUCAACACAUUCCCCAUUGCCAGGCAGUGCUUACGGUCACUCCUCAGACUCCACGCUGAUGGUCGGCUGUGUCGUAUCUGGUUCAGACCCGCUGCCUUCCCCACUCCCUGGUAGUGCUUACGGUCACUCUUCAGACUCCACCCUGGGCGUGGGGUGUGUGGUGAUGGGGGCACAGGUCCCUAAGCUGGCCCCUCUCCCAGGUAGUGCCUAUGGUCAUUCCUCUGACUCCAGUCUGGGUGUAGGCUGUGUGGUGCAGGGGAUCAAGCCUGGAAGCUCUUACAGUGAAGGCCCUCAGAUAGGAUUCAGACUGCCCACAGAGGACAAGAACAAGCAAGAGGCACAGGACGCCACAGCUGCUCCCCAAACACAGCUGCUGACUCUGAGUGAGGGUCUCAGUGCCUGGGCCCAGGGGCUAGGUCUGUCCCCCUCAGAGAGACCAGAGGACGACUACCUCCUCAAGCUGGCCUCUCAAUACCACGCUGAGGAGUACGAGGAUUCCUACAGGCAAAUGAUGUCAGUCCCAGAUACUCAGCUCCUGCAGCAGGUGACCCGCGGGCCGGAUGGUCUUCCAGCGGACUCGUCUCUGCACUGUGCUACAGACUCGACUGCUGUGCAGCUCAGUGAGAUGAUGCCCCUUCCUGUGCUCAUGAAACAUUCCGUCACGACCCCGCUCAUCACCCAUUUGUCAUUGGUGAAUAAGGCAGUGGUGGAUUAUUUCUUUGUGGAGCUGAGAGUGGAGAAGCACUUUGAAGCUUUGAGGCACUUCUUACUGAUGGAAGAUGGGGAAUUUGCGCUGUCACUUACUGACCGGCUCUUUGAGAAGUUGGGCAGUGGGCAAACCCCUGGUGAGCUGCUGACACCCCUGGUGCUGAACUCUAUCCUGAACAAGGCCAUGCAGUACAGCGUGCACGGCGACAGCGAGCUGGCUCCUAACUUCACGUUUGCUUUGCGUUACCUGCCAGAGGUUUUCCAUCCUCACGCUCCAGACUCACUCAACUGCCUCGAGCUGCGCUACAAGGUGGACUGGCCUCUGAAUGUCAUAAUAACGGACAGCUGUAUGAAUAAAUACAAUCGGCUCUUCUCCUUCCUGCUGCAGCUCAAACACAUGGUGUGGUCUCUCAGUGACGUCUGGUUUCAUCUCAAACGCACAGCUCUGGUAAAGGGAGCAGGACGCUCGGUGCAGUUCCGACAGCUGCAGCUCUACAGACAUGAGAUGCAGCACUUUGUGAAGGUGAUCCAGGGUUACAUCGCUAAUCAGAUCCUGCAGGUCUCCUGGAGCGAGUUCACACAGAAACUAAGCAGCGCCAACGACCUGGACACCAUCCACCACACACACGCAGAGUACCUCAACAGGGCCAUCUUCAGGGCUCUGCUGACGGAGAAAGCGGCUCCCGUGAUGAACAUCAUCCACAGCAUCUUCAGUCUGAUCCUGAAGUUCCGUGGCCAGCUGAUCGCUCAGGCCUGGCAGAGUCAGCAGGGUGAGGCGGUGCACCCGAGCUUUAUCGCCAUGCAGCAGUCUUACAACACCUUCAAAUACUACUCCCGCUUCCUGUUCAAAGUGGUUUCCAAACUGGUGGAUAAAGGCUACCAGCCUCAUUUAGAAGACUUCCUGCUGCGGCUUAACUUCAACAACUACUACAAGGACUCAUGACGUAUUUAUGCCUCUCAGUGAGAAAUGAUCAUGAAAUAUGGUUUUCCUGUGGCUCCUUCAGCCUCACUGAAGUCAGGGAGGCUUUCUAUAUGCAAAUGACCUGCUUCUUGUCGUUGUAGCUGUCCUGCACUGAGCAAGUAUUAUAGCUGUGUGUGUGACAGAGACAGAGAGAGAGAAAUAUGAUUUCACCUUUUAUACAGUUUGCCCAGACUGCUUAAAUCCAUAAUUAAGGACUUCAACAUCUCAUGUUUUGUCUUCUGGACAUUGAACUGAUUUCUGCUGAUUUAUUAUCAAAGAACAUCAGCGUCCGUGUUUGUACAGUCCAGCUCCUCCCAUUACUGCUGUUACAAUUUAUUUUGAAUUUAAAUAAAUCACUAAGCUAACAGGAUUUUGUUUCCUUGACUGUAAAUGACUGGAUAAAUUUGGUCAAUUCAAUUAUUUAACAUUUUUAAUUAAAACAGAAUUGGGGAACAUUUAGUUGAAUGAAUGUGGUUUAUCAUUUCAUGCCAAUCAUGCAGCAUUCACACAUGCAGUGGUUUUAUCUCCAGUCGCUGUACUACGAAGUGACCCGUAAGUGACCGUUCCUACUCCUGGUUACCAUGGUAAUGUUUCUCAGCGGGUGGAGCAACCAGCAUGCUAAUCUAAGUUUUUUGCUACUAAAAUGAAACAUUCUGGAGGAGGUUUAAUGUUUGUGUAUAAAAUCCAGCAGCGUUUAUCUGCAUCAUAUCGUACAAGAUGAGUGAGAAGCAGUGUGUACUCUAUCACAGAUCACAUGACUUCUACUGUCUUCACUCGCACUGCACAGAGUCGCUCAGUAUAUGAACUUUUCCUUAACUUUGUCACAUCGCUGGACACCUCCAUGUCAAGUAACCAGUGCGCUCUGUCUCAGCCACCAAGAAGUCACCAGCUCUCACUGAAGAUGAAUGAGUUCUGGUCACUUUGUCGCUAGUC